CUCCGCCCAUUCCUCCAGCGCAACCUGGAACGAUUGCCUUCCACUGGAUUUCCCUUGGGGUGAACGACUGGGCUCCUAGGCGACUGAAGAUCGCGGGAGGAGCGUCUUGCAAAAACGUGCCAUGUAGCAGGGGCUGCAGUUGGCAGCUGUAGCCGAGGCUGCAAGCGAGGCUCCCCACCUGGGGCAGGCGUCGGCCCAGCUCGGCCCGAGGACGCGGUGACGCCGGGAUCCAAAGCCCCGGGGUCGCGGCUGCGGAGCGGAGUGCGUGGGAGGAGGCGACGCGCACACGCCUGAGGCGGCCAACGCCAAGACUCCUGCCUUCAACCCCCUCUCCCGCCUCUCGCCCCAGAAAUGAGCUGGAGCAUCGCCUGUUUGAUUUCAGAGCCCGAAUCGGCAAGCGCAGUAGACCUCAGCGGCAGCUUUGUGAGGACUUAGCUGGGACCUGGAAGCAUAUCCUCCUGUGUUUUUUUCUGACUUCUUGGAAAUUAAGGAAUGCAAUUCUGCCACCAUGAUGGAAGGACUGAAAAAACGUACAAGGAAGGCGUUUGGAAUACGGAAGAAAGAAAAAGACACUGACUCUACAGGCUCACCAGAUCGAGAUGGCAUGCAGCCCAGCCCACACGAGCCACCCUACCAUAGCAAAGCAGACUGUGCGCGUGAAGGAGGGAAGAGAGCUUCGAAGAAAAGCAAUGGGGCACCAAAUGGAUUUUAUGCAGAAAUUGAUUGGGAAAGAUAUAAUUCACCUGAGCUAGAUGAAGAAGGUUACAGCAUCAGACCUGAGGAACCAGGCUCUACCAAAGGAAAGCACUUUUAUUCUUCAAGUGAAUCUGAAGAGGAAGAAGAAUCGCACAAGAAAUUCAAUAUCAAGAUUAAACCCUUGCAAUCUAAGGAUGUCCUUAAGACUGCAGCGACUGUAGAUGAGCUGAAGGCUUCAAUAGGCAACAUUGCACUUUCCCCGUCGCCUGUGAGGAAAAGUCCGAGGCGCAGUCCGGGUGCAAUUAAAAGGAACUUAUCCAGUGAAGAAGUCGCAAGACCCAGGCGUUCCACCCCAACUCCGGAACUUACAAGCAAGAAGCCUCUGGAUGACACUCUGGCCCUUGCUCCCCUCUUUGGUCCACCAUUAGAAUCAGCUUUUGAUGAGCAGAAGACGGAAGUUCUCUUAGAUCAGCCUGAGAUAUGGGGUUCAGGCCAACCAAUUAACCCAAGCAUGGAGUCGCCAAAGCUAGCAAGAUCUUUUCCCACUGGAACACCUCCACCUCUGCCUCCAAAAACUGUACCAGCCACCCCGCCUCGAACAGGCUCCCCCUUAACAGUGGCAACAGGAAAUGACCAGGCAGCCACAGAGGCCAAAAUUGAGAAACUACCAUCCAUCAGUGACCUGGACAGCAUUUUUGGGCCAGUGCUGUCCCCCAAGUCUGUUGCUGUUAAUACUGAAGAGAAGUGGGUCCAUUUUUCUGAUGCAUCCCCGGAACAUGUUACUCCAGAGUUGACUCCAAGGGAAAAGGUGGUGACCCCACCAGCUGCAUCAGACAUCCCAGCUGACUCCCCAACUCCAGGCCCACCUGGCCCCCCAGGCUCUGCAGGUCCCCCAGGGCCUCCUGGUCCUCGCCAUGUACCGUCUCCGCUCAAUUUAGAAGAAGUCCAGAAGAAAGUCGCUGAGCAGACCUUCAUUAAAGAUGAUUACUUAGAAACGCUCUCAUCUCCUAAAGAGUGUGGGUUGGGACAGAGAGCAACUCCACCUCCCCCACCACCACCCACCUACAGGACUGUGGUUUCGUCCCCCGGACCUGGCUCGGGCAGUGGUACGGGGACCACCAGUGGUGCAUCUUCUCCUGCUCGGCCAGCCACCCCCUUAGUUCCUUGCAGCAGCACCACUCCGCCUCCACCUCCUCCCCGGCCUCCAUCCCGGCCAAAGCUACCUCCAGGAAAGCCUGGAGUUGGAGAUGUGUCCCGACCUUUUAGCCCACCCAUACACUCCUCCAGCCCUCCUCCGAUAGCACCCUUAGCCCGAGCUGAAAGCACUUCUUCAAUAUCGUCAACUAACUCACUGAGCGCAGCCACCACUCCCACAGUUGAGAAUGAACAGCCCUCCCUCGUUUGGUUUGACAGAGGAAAGUUUUAUUUGACUUUUGAAGGUUCCUCCAGGGGUCCCAGUCCUCUAACUAUGGGGGCCCAGGACACCCUACCGGUUGCAGCAGCUUUCACAGAAACGGUCAACGCCUACUUCAAAGGAGCAGAUCCAAGCAAGUGCAUUGUUAAGAUCACAGGAGAAAUGGUGUUGUCCUUCCCUGCUGGCAUCACUAGACACUUUGCCAACAACCCAUCCCCGGCUGCUCUGACUUUUCGGGUGAUAAAUUCCAGCAGGUUAGAGCACGUCCUGCCGAACCCCCAACUUCUCUGCUGUGAUAACACACAAAAUGAUGCCAAUACCAAGGAAUUCUGGGUAAACAUGCCAAAUUUGAUGACUCACCUAAAGAAAGUCUCUGAACAAAAACCCCAGGCUACAUACUAUAAUGUGGACAUGCUCAAAUAUCAGGUGUCUGCCCAGGGCAUUCAGUCCACACCUCUGAACUUGGCGGUGAACUGGCGCUGUGAGCCUGCGAGUACUGACCUGCGCAUAGACUAUAAGUACAACACGGAUGCCAUGUCCACCGCAGUGGCCCUCAACAACGUGCAGUUCCUGGUCCCCAUAGACGGAGGAGUGACCAAGCUUCAGGCUGUGCUUCCUCCAGCAGUCUGGAAUGCUGAACAACAAAGAAUAUUAUGGAAGAUUCCUGAUAUCUCCCAGAAGUCAGAAAAUGGAGGUGUAGGUUCUUUACUGGCAAGAUUUCAAUUAUCCGAAGGCCCAAGCAAACCUUCCCCGCUGGUCGUGCAGUUCACGAGUGAAGGAAGCACUCUCUCUGGCUGUGACAUUGAGCUUGUUGGAGCAGGCUACCGGUUUUCACUCAUUAAGAAGAGGUUUGCUGCAGGAAAAUACUUGGCAGAUAACUAAUGAAAGGUCAUGCAGGGAUUUGGAAGAUCCAUGCCCCGGAGAACUGUUGUUUUGAGAGACAUGUUUUAAUCUGGUUUGAUGAAAACAAACCAAUGUCUGUACUUGGGGUCUGUCAGCUGGAAGGUCCUGGCUUUCAGCAGUGACUUCCCAUACCCAGUACUAUGAUGAUCAGUUCUACAGUAUUUACUUAUAGGUGUAAUAUUUGUUAAUGGUUUUAAAAUGUAAUUAUUGUAUUUGUAAACUGUACCUUCAUUCCAGUAAGGCAGUUAGACACUUGGGUUUUAGCAUUUUCCAUUCCUGAAACGGAUGUAAUUUAAACUGUGGUAUGUAAAUUUAAUAGUAGUACUGUUGAAUGGCACAAUGCUUACAGAGAUACAGCGCAUUCUGUCAAUAUAUAAAAUUUAAAUAUAAUGUUGAUAGUUAUCAUAAAGGGGGUGCCACACAUCAAGAACCUUACAUGAAACCAGAAACAAAAAUACCCAACUUACUUUCCUUCACCCUUUCUAUGUUUCCCUCUAGUGCUAAAGAAAACUUCUAGCUUCAGUUUAGUGGGUUAAAUUCAGAAACUAUUUCAGAAAAAAAAUUCUAAAGUUACAGCAUAUUCAAAGAGAAACAUUAAUUACCACUUUUUAAAGAGCUUUUUUUUCAAACUGCAAAUUUCAUAAAAAUGCAAACUGUGUAAACAGGGCCUCUUAUUUUUAUAACUUGUGUAAAAAGGGGAAAGCAAUUCAUAUUUAAAGUUUAAGUAUAUUAAAUUAUAUCCAAGAGUGCAGAGGAUGUUGAACUCUUACCUGACCCUAAGCCCCUUCUCUACAGUUUAACAAAUUGGAGAUUGCUAAGUCAUCGGGUUAAAGCCAACAUGAUUUUUAAAGUUUCAAGACUUUCUGUAGCUGAACUGGUUGAAACUUCUGCACAAUUGCUCAGAACAGAGGGGCCUCCCUCGUCCAGCAUCCAGUGGUGGGUACCUUGUUUCUUCUUUACUCAUGAGAAUCAAACACAGAGAAGGAUGGAAGAAAAAAAACAAUAGUUCUCUGUUCCAUCCAAAAGGAGAAUUCUAGACUUAUCAUUUACAUCUUUGGGGGGAGGAAGAAAUAAACUUUAUAAGUGAAAUUCUAUUCACCUUGUUAUCCUAUGAAUAUUUUUGGAUGAUAUUAAGAUUCAUCAUAUACAACUGUGAAUCUUCGCCGUUCUUGGGGAAUUGAAAGCAGAGUCAGGGCAGGGCAGUGGCUCUGAAUAUAGUAAAUGCCACAGUUCUGGGAGGGGGGUGUGCCCCACCGGAGGGGAAUCAGAGCAGUGUCGGGUGAGGCAUAAAGAAUAAGUCUUCCAGUUAACCACAAGUCAUUUUAAACAGAGAACAGUUCCCGUUCAAGGCUCUCCUACUGAACAACUCCACCUGAGUUGGGAUGUGUAGCGUUGGCUGCUGAACCAUGUUGUGUAUCCACUCAAAUCUGACAAGGAGUCGUCUGCUCCUUUCAAUUUUAAAAUCAAAUUAAAAUUUUUUUAAGUCUUAUUUCAACAGUGAGAUUGUGGUUGGCAGUUGUUUCUAGUGAGCUCUGUAGAUUUAUCUAUGUUCUUCUUCGAUUAACGCUUGCUACCAAAAGGAUGUCCAGGAUGAUCCAUGUUUACCUGCGAACAAUUCAUCUCUUUAAAACAGGCUCUUGCCUAAUUCCCCAAAGCAGUCUGGCUUUGAAGGUUUUUUUUUUUUUUUUUUUUUUUUUUUUUUUUUUGAACAAACUAAUUUGUUCAUGAAAAAGUUUGGCUUUGAAACUGAAGUAGAAAAAUAAAAUGUAAAUUUUAAAUCUAAUGGAACAUGUGGAAAUUAAAACAACUUAAGCCAAUGGAGAGUAAGAAGCAGAAAAAUGAAGCUUAUCUAGAAUGUGAUUAUACAAUGUUUUUAAGUAGUCAGUUCAUGGAAAAAUAUUGAAUAUUAACACAAAGCAUAUUAAAAAUAUGUAAAUAUUACUGUUUCUCAUGUCUUUCUCUUUAUAUCUUAUUUUGUGAAGUUUUAGAAUGAAUUGGUCAUUAAAUACACAGUGUUUCUCUCCAAAGAAUAAUUUUGUUGAUAUUGUAAAAAUGUAAUUAAAGAUAGAGAUUUGAGUAGUCUCUAACAUUAUUCAAAUGUUUCCAGGAACCAAACUGGAAACUCUGAAGAAAUCUUGUAAUCUCUUAAUUGACUCUUGUGAAAUGUAAUAACAGUUGGUGAUCUCAAAAUUAAGACUUGAAGAUUCAGAGCAUCAGUGGGGAAUGGGUGGUCCCUUCCAGUUUAGAAAGUAGGUCAAUAACAACAGUUGCUCAUAUCAGAGAUGGAGAUGUCAGUGCGAUUUUAAACGUGUGCAGUUUCAUCUCCUGGUAAAGCUCUGUGUUCAGCUCUGUAGGUUAAAAAUGCAUGUUCUAUGACGUGGUUCAAGACUAGGCAGGCCAGGUCUCAGUUAUCAGUGUCAGUUGGAUCAGAUUCUCUUUUGUCCAAACAGAAUGGGUUAGCUCAUAGCCAGGUGGUUGGCUGGACAGUAAGCUAAAUUAAGACAAACUUCCAGUUAGUCAGAGAGCAAUUUCCUGAACACCCUGACUUUUAAAGCUGAUAGAAAGUGUAAAUGUUUUAUUUUGGUGACAUGGAGAGUAUGUUUCCCUCUUCAAAUAAAUCCCAUAUUUUUAUGAAAUUUUCAAAAAUAAACUCUUGUUUAAAUUAGUCUCAAUUGGAACUCGACAUUGCUAAUUUAAAACUCUCUGAGAUCCACCCACAGCUGAAAUGAGCAUUCCCUGGAUGCUAUUUGGGAUGCGGGUUGCCUCUAAAGAAAGGCUGUUCGUGUGCAAAAUGGUGACUGGGAAGUCAAAGAGCAGGUGCUUGUGGGUGUUUCUAGUCUGUAUACUCCUCCUCAGUCUCAGUCUGUAAAGUAUCAGAGCCAUAGUCACACGCAUGUGCACCUUUAAUUCUUCUUUUGAAGGAAGCAAAUCUACCUUUGCUCUGCCACAGGUGCCUGCUGUGCCAACUCAGGUGCCUGCUGUGCCAACUCAGAUGCGCCCCUGCCUUCUUCUCACCUUUAUAGCGAGAGUGGAUCCAUAUGUAGUUUUCAAGCGCUUCUUAAUGGGGCUUCUAUGUUUUCCAUCUAAUAAGCUAGUGCCUAGAAUCCUGUAAAGCACAGUGUCGCCAAGCAAAGAAGGGACUUCUCCAGACAUACGUCAAUGAUCCCAAAGCAUCUUCCAACCCUGGAGACUUGCAGUUCUAUUUAACCCAGGUAAACUACCUAUUGAGACUAUAAGAGCACGUGUAAUGAUAGUGAUUAGCUGCUACACAAUAAAAAUAGCCAUACAUUGAGCGCCUCUGGGCUGUCAGUCGCUGCAGAUAUCACUGCAUUCUACCUUAGACUCCAAAAUGGCAAAAAAAAAAAAAGGGUUUUCAGCCUGUAUUUUCCCAGUGAUGGUAUUGAAGCUUAGGUUGAUUAAUUUCCUCAAAGUGAUAUCACAGCUAGUAAUGACCCCAAUUAUCCUGACAAUGGAAUGAGUACCUUGCUGUUUCGUUUAGUUCAUUUUGAAUAAUCAAAUGGAAUAUCAAGAUAAGUGGUACUUUGAAAAGUUUGCUUUGAAAGUAUUAAAGAGGAACCUGAUAAGAUAUUAUUUUAAAAGAACUGAUGUCUCUUGAAAGGACGAAAUGUGAGAUCCCUUGCUUCCAACCAAUCAUAGUAAAGUAAUGAUUUAAAUUGAGUCCUCGUUAUACAUUCAGAACCUAGCCAAACUGCAUUGAGUACCAGCUAGUCUUUAUCAAUCUGUAGGCAUAGAACUUGAGAAUCUAUACAUUGGUAAGUGCCCAAAAGAUGAGCAUUGUGCCCUAAUAGUUCUCUAGGGUGCUUUUUACUGCUCACAUUAUAGUGGACUUCAGCAUUUAAUUUCUAAGGUAAAUACCAUUUUUCUAAUGUUUUCUCCCAAUUCAGUCUAAUUAAUAGUAGUUCCUCAUUUGCAAGGAACACUCAGACAGUAAACCUGGAAACUGACUUUAUUUCAUAAACUCUUGGCUUUAUAAACAUAGAUAAGCCUCACGCCAAAAAGAAUUUUACCAAUUUUUGCUUUGCUUUGCCUUUUCUCAAACCAAUAACAGAUUGUCAGAGAAAGUUGAAUGAUAGUAAAAUAUCCACUAGAAGAGAGAGACAAGAGAGAGAGAGAGAGAGAGAGAGAGAGAGAGAGAGAGAAUAUGUUAGAGAUUUCUCUUCCCCCAAAGAGGAUGUAUUUUGCAAAAUCCCAGUCAAAUGUAUUUAUUUUGUCAUGUGACUUUUUCUGUUGAACAACUUCUAAAACCUAAAAUUGAAGGUUUUUUAGCGACAUCAACCUGGGCCAGAAUAUAGCUCAGAAACUUAAUAUAAGGAAUUGUCAUGUUCCCAUGAUGCCCCCUUGUGAUGAUCACCUUAACCAAUGAGUCAAAUUGUUGGUAUAAAUAACUAAAUCAAGUCAAGUGGCACUGAUUAAGGAGACUUUUAUAAUGAACCUCUCUACCACGCUCACUUUCUGAAUUUAUCUCAGCUUUGUUGGACUUUCCCUCCUCCUUUACCUUUUUGUUUGUGUUUUAUGUUGGUUUCAUUUGUUUGUUUGGCAUGCAGUGUAGGAUGCCAUUCUCUCGCUUAUGAAUUAAAUAUGGCUUCUCUUGUGUUUUGGGUUAGUUCAUAAAAUGAGGAGGAGGAAUGAGACCAGACUGCACUCCUUACAUAUCCAAAUAUUAAAAAGAAACAAACAAAAAGUACUGGCCUUCCUCAUCCAUCACUGCUCUGGGGUGUGCUGUCUACAGUAAGCCAGAGUUGCAUUGUUAGUAUCCAAUUGAAAUGAAGUUCCUUCUUGAAAGACUGUCAACUCUUAUGAUCCAUUGCAAUGACUAAGGAUGACCUUUUAGACUGGUCCCAUGUUUAGUUUCUGCUUUCUAUCCUAAAUGGGCAGUUCUGGAAAAAAAAAAAAAAAAAGACAGAUUGUGGACAUGUGUCAUAGAUAUCUUAGUUUAUUCCCCAGACUGACUUUUGGUUUUCUCCCUUUAUUCCUGGAGUGCAUUUAACUUGUGCUAAAUACAUCUUUAGCCUCAUAAUAAAAAGAGGUUUCAGUACAAGGCCAGUACAGAUUAAAGAAACCCUUAAUGCUGUUUUAAAGAAAGAGAAAAGUGGUAUUUUUGAUACUACAUCCAUCAGUAUUUUCCAAAUCAUGUUUGAUUUAUUAGCGCAAGCAAAUAUUCAUUGUAUUCUGAAACACAUGGUCCUAUGUCACAGCUGUCUCUCGUCAGAUACGGGCAAUAACUUUCACAGUCCUCAUGAAACUUAGAGUGUCCCUGAACUGGUAAAAGAAUAUUUUUGAGUAAAGAGUAUCCCUUGAAAAACUUUAGGAAACUUUCUUUCUAAUUAUAAUUCACAGCUACAUUGAAGGAUAUGUAAAUCAAAUUAUAUAAGAAAGAGGGGUUAGCUAAGAUAAUUGUAGGUUUAAGGGAAUUUUGCCCAUUGGAAGCAAGUUGUUAUCUGUGCUCACUAGUAUCUUUCAGUGCAUUUUAAUUUUAUUUUCAGUUUUUUUAAGAUCUGAACCUAUGAUCAAUACUUCAAGCCCCUAUUGUUGAAAGGUUCCAAAUCCUUGGAGUAAUGAACACUAGUGAAGAAUCUUCAGUUAUAAUGUCAGAAUCAUGUUAGAGCGAUGUUUUUACACAAUUUUUACAAUUCUAUAAAAACAUUCUAAUUAAGGCCAAAUACAGUUCAGUUCACUGUUUUCUCCGCAUAGAAUCAGAGGACCAACCCUGAGAAUUAGACUUUGUUUGUUUUGUUUUUUACUUUUUUAAAAAAAAAUCAUUUUUUACAUAAAAUCAAAAAAGUUUAUUUAAAAUUGUUUGUAGUUGACAGAAAUGACAUUUACAUAUUCUAAACAUAAUUCAACCUUUAAUCCACUCAGAGUCUGUGAAUUAUUACCUGAAAGACAAGCUACCCAUAAAUUUCCUGCUUCCUAGACUAAAGCAUACCAUGUGUAUAUUAAUUCCACCUGACUCAGUCAACUUCAUUACCUUAUUGACAUCUUUUCAGGCUAAAUGAAUGUUGAAGCUCAUUUAUUCAUCAUCACCUUAAGCUAGUUAAAUUAAAAACACAAAAGACUAUCUCAGAAGUUCCAGUACCUGGUAUUUCUCUUUAGGAGUUGCCAGGAUGGUAUUUCUUAAAGCUGCAUUGAUUCCCCAGGUUGGUGUUUAAUUACUGCUUUUUAAAAUGAAUAUGCAUGGAAGAGAUGGGUGCCUCUCCCUCUGUGUUCCUACCACUUCCACCCUCCUGUAUCCUUCUCCCACCCACCGCACCCCACUCAGUCCCAUUAUCUCAUCAGUCAAAAGGAACUGGAUAAUUGCUGUUGAAUAAUUAUUUGGAAAACCAGCAGGAGCCAUGGGGGUGACACUCUAGCCCUACCUACCAGCAGAGGAGGAAUUUCCAGGGCCAAUUUUAGGCUGUUUGAACACUAUUGUGUUUCAAGUGAAAAGGUUUUCUCAUUAGUUUUCCCCUUGUAUAGGGCAAAACCUCUCUGAAUGAAAUGACCAAUUGGAAUUGUCAUUUCCCACCAAGUGGCAGUGUAAGCCAUCGGGUUUUUACUGUUAACAAUAAGAACCUAGGAAAGACAUCACAGAGAAAUUUUGCUGUGUUUCUAACUUAUAGUUAUGCAAUCCAUCCGGUCAGUGACGAUGUUUAUCAGCGUGUACUUUGACCUGCUAGUGGCCUUUAUUUCAGAUUAUCCGUGAUCCAUGUAGCAAAAGUACACAGACUCUCUACUGCGUAUACCAUCGCACAAAACAUCUCGGGCAUCAAAUACUCACAAAAGAAACUGUGGGUUCAAAUACUCAAGUAUAUUUUAAACUUAGUCGAAAAGUCAAUGCCUCGUCCUUCUUCCCUCCUACUCAUUUCAACAGUGUGACUUACUGCCUCAUCUGCAGUGUGGUUUACUGCUUCCUGGGAGCUCUACCCAGCAAUGCAGCCGAGACUUGCUCCCUGUGACAACCGCUGUGAGCUCUCUACUGAGCACACAGGACAGGAAUGUGGCUGGACCAAUUGAAAAUAAUAACCAUAAGACCAUCUUCGCAUCACUCGCCUUAUGAGUUAGUAAAAGUGUGUAUAUCACUUUUUGUAACUGGUGAUUUUUAUAAAUGUUCUUGCCUUCAUAAUCCUUCUAGUCACCUAUCUCACAAAAUCUUGAAUAUGCAAUUACUCUUCAUGGCACAUUACUGCAUAUAGGGUUCCCAUUUGAAAAUGCAGUUUAAUGUAAGUUGUUAUUGAAAUGUGAUUUUUUUUUCCUGGAAAAUAAAUGAAAAAAAUAUGAAAAUAAA